AUGGCAAAAUAUUAUUCCAUCGCAUUAUAUUUGCAAGUAAUUUCGUUUCUUAUAGUAACAUUUGGAAUAAUUAAAGUUACAACAGAAUCACGUAAAGAAUUUAAUAUUACACAACUGCUCGAAAUAGUGCAAACAGAAUUUGACAUUAAUAUCGUAAACGAAGGUGUAAGGAGCUAUUUCACAGGAAACAAAGAUUUACAUGAAUUACAUGAUUGGUCUUCUAGUAUUGCUAAAAAUUGUAUAGGUGGAAAUGCAUCUGAAGUGUACAAAAAUUUGACGACGCCGGAUAGCGUCAUAAAAUUAGCAAGUCACAUCAAAAUACCUGAUGGACAAGAGGAUAUAUCAGGACAAUACGUUUAUACCGUUUCAGAGAAACAAAUGGAUAUACGAAGUGCUAAUAGUAUUCUUGACUCAAUUUAUGAGUCAGUUGAUAAAGAAGUGGCAUAUUUUCACACAGAAGAAGAAUUUUCACCUCAUGCACCGCGAAGUACAUCCUUGCAAUACGCACCCUUGCAAAUAAUACUUAAUUCGGUAGCAAUCCGCUCAACACAAGUAGCAGACAUGUACUUGUCAUCAACUGCAUGUACUACAAAUAAUGAAAGUUUUCAUAAAUUUGCAGAUAGAUCAAUAUUCUAUAAUUCUUUAUCAGCCGGGUUAUCCUCAGCAGUUUUAAAUCGCGUUUCAAAAGAUUAUGGAACAGACAUGAAAUUUAACAUGUUAAUUAACAUUAUGAGCACAGUAUCGAUUCAAAUUCAUAUGGUGAAAUCAAUAGCAUCUUUAGCAAACUUGGACACAAAUGAUGAUGCAGUAAGAACGUUAAUAUAUUUAUGUAUUGCAUCUGAUGGAGUAAAAAGUUCAAUGACUGAAACGACGAAAGAAUUUACCAAAGCUAUAAUGCUAAAAUGGAUUUCGAAUAUUAAUGAAUCAACUUUAGCGGCUAUUAAUAAGCAUGUAGCUAUGAAAUUAUUUACAAAGGUGGCAGAAAAUAAAGGAAUUGUUAAUCUUGCAUCCGUAAUCCCUUUUGUUGGAGAAUUAGUAACACUUGUUAGUGAUUCAAUGACAACUUAUUCAAUUGGUAAAAUUGCAAAGUACGUUUUUUGUCCAUUUGAAGAUGAUAAUCAGGAUACGACAAAAUUUUCAUCACCACCUUCAUACCCCGGCAACGUUGAACUUUAA